UCCGCACUGUUGAAGAACACGCCCAAAAUGGUAAAAGGUGCUCAUCUCUACGUCCUGCCUAUGGUCUUUAUGGUAUUUGUCACUGUAGCUAGUUGCCUUGGGGGGCAAAUUAAAAAAUUCACAUACAACAAUAAUGGAUACGGCUCGUACAGUUUCGAGUAUGAAACCUCAGAUGGCACCUACAGGAGAGAAGAAGGAGGCGUUGUUCCAGGGCCUGAUGGAGGGGCAUGGGUCGUCCGAGGGGAGUACGGCUACAUUGAUUCCAGAGGGAAGCCAUAUUCCAUGAAGUAUGUAGCCGAUGCCAAUGGAUACCAACCAAGAAUCAACGAUGACCACACGAGGUUCAACGAUAGAAGAAUAAUUUGAUGUUGUGAUAAUAAAAUAGUUGAAAUUGUA